GUUGCGCUGUGAAUGUCAUCAUUUUAGAAACGCUGCGUUUGUUUUAACUACAACUAGAUUCGCGACAUAACCCUGCCUUGGCCCAAGCGAACGCGACCGCAACUGCACGGGAUUGCCCACGGCCACGGAUAGCAACUAGCGAACGGAGAGAUGUGGCCGCAAACGCUGGAGAUGUCGCGGGACGAGUGCCGAGGCAUGCUGCGUCGACUUGAACUCGAGUCCUAUUCGCAUGUGGUGAGCGUUUUUCGCGCCCAAGGGGCGCUGAGUGAGCCCAAGGCGAAGCUGCUGGAGGAACUGCGCCAGCUCUUCCACAUCACCCAGGAGAGGCAUCGCGCCGAGGUUCGGCGGGCCGCCAACGACGAGCAGCUCAGCACCAUUGCCGAGAACGUCUGCGGCCCCAAUACCUGGCAGGAAUGGUCCCGAGAGGGACGCCGGCCCUAUCCGCUGCUGCCCCGGAUCAGUCCCCAAACGGCGCUCAGCAUCGUGGCCAAUGAUCUGGCGCAGAAGGCCUUCGAGGAGAAUGCAAAGCUGGCGACCCCCGCCGAAACGGGCGUCCACUUUAACCAGGCCCUCAUCGAGCAGGCCUCGUUCAUGAGCGUGAAGCACGGCUGGAUGGGCGGCAGGAGCCAGGACCCAGCCGCGGUGAUCAUGGAGGAGCCGUUCAAAGUGCCCGAUGUGCCCAACGAGGUGAAGAAGAUGACACAAAAGCGGAAGGAGAACGAGAGUGGUGCGGAUGGCCUGAAGCCCAACAAAAAGCGGCAUUUGCAGCAUCAGCAGUCUCUCCAGACUCCCCACCAGCAGCAGCAGUUGUCCCACACUGCCAAUUCCGAGGAUGGCGAACCCGUGCCCGUGGAGAAGCGUCUAAGUCCGCGGACUGCACAGCAGCGCUUCUUCUACCAGCAGCAGGUGAAGCACAAGCAGCGUUUGGCCAGCAAACGGAAUUUGGCCAGUGGCUUGGGCUCCCCCUCCCAGGCAGGCAGCCCUGUGGGCGGCAGAAACGCCGCUGCAUUGUCAUCUUCGGGCGGAGAGGCGACGCCGGCGAAGAGGAUAGCAGCUCCGGCCAAGAGUGGACGGCGGGCACAGAAGCAACUGCAACAGCAGCAGCAGCAAAAGUUGCAGCAACAGCUGCAGCAGCAGCAGGCGCAGCUGCAACAGAAAGUAUUAUUGCAAUCGUCAGAGGCGACGGUGCCCAAUCAUUUGGUGGUGCAGCCCCACGUGGAGUAUGUACUCGAUGAGGCGCUCAAAACGCUGGCAGCCACCAGCACACCGUCGACACCCACACCCACGUCCACAGCCACGCCGCCGUACUCCUUCUUCAACGAUCCGAGGCCGCUCGUUACGCUGAAGCCUUUGAAGCCCCUGAAGCCAUUCGUUUAUGGCCCGCAAAGCGGAUCGGCAGCAGCCGCGGCAGAAAUUGGUUCGCCCACAACACCAGGCGCUCGUGGAUUUGCCAAUUCACCCAUUGUUUUCAAGGACAAGGUGCAGGCCUCACCGGUGCAGGUGCAGGUGCAAAGCCAGACUCAGAGUACGCCCGUCAAGAAGUACAUCGUGGAAGAAAAGCAGGCGGAUACCACGACACCGUUGGCAACUACCAACACCACCAUACCCAUUUCUACUGCUAAUCUUCCUUUGACUCCUCAGAUCAUCAGUGUUCAGCAGAUCCCAGCGCCGCCGAUGGGCGCUAAAUUGAGGCCGGCAGUGGUGCCCUCUUCGCCCACCAGCAACUCCUCCUCCACCGCAGCGCUCCUGCCGCCGGGCACCAAGCUCACGCCCAAGAAGUUCAAUCUCUUGGACGGCGGCGGUGGUGGUGAGGCAAAACCAAAAACCUUGCCCAGUUCAGCGGUUCGCCUUCUGCCGUACACGGACCCAAUUGUGGGUCCGUCGUCUCCCCUAAAGGACUCCCGGGUGACCCCAUUGAGCAGCGCCUCCACUGUGAACAUCAUCAAGAAUAUACCAGCUAGUAGUUUGAACAAUACCCUGAUUACCCCGCUGCCGGUGUCUGGAGGAGCCACAAUGCCGCCCAAUCUGUUCCGGGCGAAGGUGACAACACCUCAGAUGAAGGGUGCUGGCGGAGUGGCCGUCAUUGGUGCGUCGUCUUCGGGGACAGCAGCUGUUACUGCUUCCUCUUCUCCCCAAAUUCUGGGAAACAUUAAGCUAACCACCAGCUCGGGAGGAGCGGCGGCCACUAUCAAGCAGGUGCCCAGUAGUGCCCUGCGAAACAUAAAGAUUUGCUCACCCAACGGCAAGGUAUUCCUGCAGCCAGGCAAGCUGCCGGCAGGAAGCAUUAUACACAAGCUAAACAAUGCGAGUGGCAGCCCAGUAGGAGGAGCAACAGGAUCCGGAGUAACCACAGCGGUUUCACCCUCAAAUCUGCCGGCGCGAGAUCAGCGGAUCAGCAUACAGAAGAUGCAGAUAUUGCCACAGGCGCAGACCACAACGGGAAGUGGGACCGGCAGCAGCCCUACCACCAGCAUCUCCGGGAAGCAGCAGGCUCCAGGCGCCAAGCCCACCACUGUGACCUUCUCCACAACGAGCGGCGGCAAGAACAAUCUCGUCUUCCUCCCAGCAAGCGCGGCGAGCGGCAUGAGAGCUCUCACACUGGCCGCCACCAAGCCCAAAUCGAAUGUGCUGGUCAUCGGAGCGACACCCGCCAACCCGAACACCAUGAGUGCAACAACGUCUCCCAACAAUCCCACGAGCAGUGGGGCCAAGCCCAAACCCAAUCAACUCAUUACCGAGGACACACCCAUCGAUAUCAUUAAUAUGCCCAUAAUAGUGGCGGAUAAUGGCACUGGAACCGGGACCGAGAUCAAACAGGGAUCCGGGGUAAUGAAGUCCUCGCCGUUGGUGGUCUUCAAUGCCACCGAUUGGGAGAUGGAGCUUGACCAGGCAGCUACCAAAACGACGCCAGUGUCGACGCCCUCCAAGCAGGAAGGGGUCCUGAACGACGACGACGACGUUAUAGUGGAGGAGGACGAAGAACUCGAGGGAGAUGUAGUGGUGGAGGAGCAGCAGGCUGAGCAAUCAGCCAACUUGGAGCUCAACAAUCGCAUCAUUGAACUACAUCCGGAGGAUGACAGUGCCAUCGAGUAUGUGGACAUGGAUCUGGAGCAGCCCAUCGAGAUAGAGAGCACCAGCAACAUAUCGCCAGAGACGACAGCCACCACCACCACUACUUCCCUGAAGGCAGCCAUUGUGCCGGCAUCUCCGCAGCAGAAGCAGAAGCCUUUGGAGCAGGCACUGGCAGCAGCUACGCUGUAGAUCCCCCCGUUUUUCUAGAGAGAUUUCCGAGUGAGAGAACGCACACAGCAGAGACCCGGUUCGAAUUAGAUUUAGUUGGUAGUUUAGCCUCAAUGUCAAGAGUUUCCUUUUACCAUUUACAAGUUUAUAUUAUCGCAAAGUGCAAGAUUAUCCUUAAUUCAAUUCAAAGCCAGUUUCUGAAGCCUAAGCUUAAAAGAGAGAGGAGAACGCAAGUUCGAAGUAGUUAAGUUGCCAAAAUCACACAUAGUUGAGAGUAUAAUAUCAUGGAAUUUGUGUUAGUUUUUAGUUUAUUCAUUUUAUUUCAUUUCAUUAUUUUCUUUAAACCCCAGUCCCUGGGAAUCCCCUUUCUCUCUCUCUCUCCUGUACAUAGGGCAGAUAUAAAUCUGCAGAACGUUACCUUAAUUUUGUAUAGCUUUGUAUAUAGAGUCCAGCAUAUAUUAUUCGAUUCUCCAUGGCCCCCCAUCUCAUUAAUUCGUUUUUACUUUAGUUGCUUAAGCUUAAAUCCACACACACAAGAAAUUCGAAAAACUUUAAACACAAAAAAGUAAUAAACUUAAAACAAAUUCGUUUGAAAGGUUGGCUUAAUUACGUGAGAUUAUAGACCCUAGGACACGUGUAAAUACCAGAAUGAAUUUCGAAACGCAGAUGCAAACCCAAUACCGCAUUAUAUAUAUAGAUAUACAUAUGUAUAAAAAGGAGAACUCAUGCUAAACAGAUGAUUAACCAUUAACGAUUUAUUUAGAUCUAAGUAUUUUAUGCGUCGUAAAUUUUGUAAAUUCAAAUCUUAAGAGCAACGUUGUAACUUUUAGGAGACCAAAAGCCCAAAAAUGAAAACGGAAACAUCAAGAACAAACCCUUCCUACUCCCCUCCACAAAUAAUACAAAACACAAAACAAAAUAUUGUUGAACAAUGCGUGUCGCUGUAAAAUCUUUAGCAUAGAAAUUUUAAACGAAAUAAAUUUAAAUGUAAAACAA